AAUUCUAAUUCUAAUUCUGGUCCGAAGUCGCGCUAGCUCUUCGCGCCAAAUUGUUGAUACCUCUGCUGUCGACGACAGACACAACCAGAGCGAGCACACGAGACGACACGAGGGCAGUCAUUUCUCUUCCAACAACUCCUUGGCCACUACCACUACCACUACCACUACCACUACCACUACCGAGACCUUGGGCGCUGAGUCGGCGACUAUUUGACCCGGAAUGGACGGUGGCCACUUUGUCUUCGAUCGAUAACGCCCAGCAUUCCAUGGAGGCUGUCGUUUUCGAGGACUCACCACUCGCCGGCUAUCUAGAAGGUGAGGGCGGCGAGGAAGCACAAGGCAUUCCAGGUCGUGAGCAAGAUGCAUCUUCAAGCUCGUCCAGUCCGACUUUCGCUCCCCGAGGCAGACCAACCGUUCGUGCUAGAUUUCGAAACAAACUUCCCCCGCCAUUGCGCCUAGCAAUACCAAGAAACAACACUGUCGCUGCUCUGCACAAUACGUGUUCCGAGGCAGUAAACUCAAGACUUGGGCGUGCGGACAAUGUCAGGUUUUUGGAGCACUUUCGAUACACCAUAGUUGCCUCCCAACUUCUCAGUGCACACUCAUAUCUAGGCCAGGCCGUUCAUGGUCAGUCUCGAGAUUCAUCGCUACGAACGCUCAAUGCCCCGCUUCCUGGUUCAUUCACAUUGGCAGGAGCUGGUGUCACGGCAGUACUCGCAUUUGCGUUGGCGUGGCUGAUCCACUGGACGAGAGGCGAUGGCGACUUCGUAGCUGGGAGAGGACGUAGAGCUGUCUUUCUCGCAGUGAUGGGUGUAUUCAUUGUCGUGGGAUAUGCUUAUAUACGCAGGCAAUGGCUUCAGUAUCUUCGACAACAGACACUUGUGGAGAUUUCCGAAUUCGUUGGGACUGCGCACGACUUUGACACGGCUGCAGCAGCGGCAUUGACACUUGUUCAAGAGGUUGAGCUAGUCUCUCGGGGGUAUAGAAUAAGCACUCCUUUACCCCCGAUCAGUAGACUAGAGGAUAGGAGUCAGACGAGAAGAUGUGCACGACUGAGAAAGGCAUUGCGCCUCUGCUUGGCUGAUGUAAUCCCAAGAUACAAUCAAGCUUGUAUCGUCCUGAAGCCAUUUUCCGAAGAAAUGGAUCUUGAAAAAUACUUUGAUAUCUACGAUGUCAGCGACACGGAUUUCUCGGAGGCUAUGUUAGGAUACUCUGAGACCGAAUUUGAUGACAUCGAGUCCGUCCGGGUGCUGAAGAUAUUGGCAGCCAGGUUUCACACGGCCAGGAAGAUAUUUUUGUGUUGUCUUAUGGCCUUAGAUGCACACGGAGGAAAGCCGGAUUUUCUGCGAUGGAGUAACGCAGUUGAUGAGAUCCGUAUAGUCAGUACCGUUACGAAUGAGGCUGAACUCCGACUCCGUGAAAUUCUUACUGAAGAAGAGAGCUUCCCAGUCCCACCAACACCAAAGCUUCCACUGACUCCAGGGCGCGAGCGAUGGCGAGCCCAGCUGCGGAAACUAAACUCCUUGUCCUCUGGAAUCCGAGGACUCCAAGCAAAAUUGCAUGUACUCCGUGAAGAGUCCGACAAGAAUCUCAAUGAAACAGAGGACAUAUCUGAACUCGGGACGAAUUUGAUGAUCCAAUACGAUUCGAUCGGAGUCGACUUGAAAGCGCUCAUGCAGGAAUGGGAGGACGGAAAGGCCGCCUUGACAUCUAAUAUAGAUCGAAAUGGACGACGUCUUUCUUCCAUGAGCGGAAUACUAUCGCCGACAACGUCGUUGGGCGGCCUUACGGCUGUCGAGGAGGGUGGUGCCGCAGAAGCACUCAAGUUACUCAAUGGCGAGCCACGAUCUCGUUCAAGUAUGGAUUUUAGCUCAUCUGAUGCCGAAGAGGUUUUCGAGGCAGUGGCUAUCCCGAGGCAACGGAGCACGCUGACCCGGCAAGAGCGUAUUUCCAAAAUGAAGGAGGAAAGGGUGAAAAAAGAUUCGAUGAAAUCUAGAGCGGAAGCCAAUACUCACAUGCUGAGGGAGUUGGAGUCGGUAAUAAAUAUGAGGCCUCGGGGAAGGACAACACCGGCAGGGCGGAUAACGUCGAUAUGAUUACGUUUAAUGAUUUCAAUGAUAUGGAUGGAUCUGCAUUUAGCCAAAGCGUCGUCGUAAAGCAUACAGAGAUGCUCAUGUUUACCGGAUCCUGCCUCUUUCCAUGUGUCGUGGCUUAGCAUAAGAUAUCCGGGCUAUAAUGAUGGCAGGUUUCGCUAUAAUGGUAGACUUAGUUUGCAAUGUCCCCAAUGUUAUGUGAAGGAAAG